CCGCGUCAACUGAUGUGUUUACAUGUUUUUAGCAUUUUGUUUAAUUACUUUUUUUAUCCCACUAGUCGGACUUGUAUUUAAAAUUAAUUUUUAUUGAGCCAUAAAAGUGUGUACGUGUGUUCUGUUUUGUAUACUCUAGUCGGUGCUAAUAUUUGUUAAUCUCCAUGGAAAUUCCGUUCAAUUUUUGAAUGUCCAUCAUAACAUGCCAAAUGUUCUAGAUAAUAAAAAUGUGGUGAAAGAGAGAUUAGUAACGUGACAAUACAACAACAACGACACCACCAACAAUAAUGACAAAAUGCUAGGUUGGGUGUGAAUAUUUGUAAAGUUUUUGGACAUUAAUUACCAGACAUCGACCAACUCUACCUGCAUUCAUUUUCGGUCAGUCUUGCAUUUAUAGUGACACGGUGUGCAUCUCAUCGGAAACAAAACGUAAAGCGCUGCAUACGAACAUCGACAAAAUAAUGGAUUGGUGUACGGUGGUAGUCAUAAUCUCAUUCAUCGUAGCCGGGUCAAUCAAUUGUGAAAGUAUCGCGGACAAUGGAUCAGCAAAGCACCACGAACAAAAUCGUUUUGUGAAACUUAUCUGCCGGGAUGAUACGACCAUUGUUGUGGGAAUAGAAAAUGAAUUUGGCGAAGCGCAUAUGAUUGGAAAAAUAGGUGAAACGUACAUGGUGAUCAUAAAUAACAGAGACGAGUCUAAGUUACCACCGAAGACAGUGUAUUUGAUCAAGAAGCCAAUAGCCGUGGUUAAAAAUUUAAUUCCGCUCACGUCGUACAACAUUUCAGCCGAUCUGAUGAAAGGCGAUUUCCAGUACACCGCUAAGAAGCUUUUCAUGGAAUUCCAAACGUUGGACCAAAAUUAUGUUCCCGGUAAUGUGACGAAUAUUUACACAGACGAAUUUUUAUUGAGCGCCGACGGAAAUGGAGUCGACGUGACUGUAUCGUGGGAUCCAAAUGAGGAUAGAACGUGUGCAUACAGUCUCUUCUUCCAUACACGAGACUACAACCCGGAAAACGAAUUAUUUUCUGUUCGUGAAUUCAACCAGAAUCACCCAGAGGAAUUAUUUCGGCAUGAACUGAAGCAGCUGCAAUUCGGUACGGAGUAUGCCAUCGGCGUUCAAGCGUUGAAUGUAAAAAACGAAACUCUCAAGAGUACAAUUUGGUGGCAUGUUAUAACGACACCGAGUUGUUUAGAGUUGAACAAAAACAAUGGUACGUUAUGCUCCCCAUACCACCCGGAAAAUAUUACAGUUGAAGUCGAAUCGACAACAGACAACAAGCGCUACAAUUUCAAUGUUACUUGGCAUAUGCCAACAGUUUUUCCAAAUUACUACACGCUCGACAUUAUCGACUACGAGUCUGGAUUGAGACAAAUUUUCAACGUAUCAAAUGGAACGACUAAUUCAGUGCAAUUGAACAACAUUGAAGUGAACGGUCUGAAUUUUGAAAUUUUCGUAACAGCUCAUUCCACUGGCGGUGAAUCAACUGGAUUUUAUCGUGGAAAAAUUGAUCCGGCAAUAAUCUAUCAACAACCGAGCGCCGACUAUUCUACGAUUGCAAUUGUCACCGGAUCACUGCUUGCUGUAAUGAUAAUUGUGGCGAUACUGUUUGUGAAACUAAAAUUGUGGCGACAUGCCAAGCACAUACGAGCUCAAAUCAAAUUUGAAGCGAAAUCGCCAAGUGACUCAAUCAUUUAUGACAGUCAAUACCGCACCAAGGAGCAACUCGAUCAGAUAUGCGGUCUGCAGUCUGACUUCAAUUUCGAUGAUGAUCCAAUGGAACUAGAUCCGACUCUGGUUCAGACAUUGGAAAUAAUUGGUGAGGGUGCAUUCGGAUGCGUUCGUCGAGCGAUUCUUCUACCCGACAAACAUAUCGUCGCUGUGAAAAUGCUGAAAAGUUUUCCCAGUUAUGCGGAUGUGCGGAAUUUUUACCGUGAAAUUGAAGUGAUGAAAUCGGUCCCGACACAUCCGAAUAUCGUUGGUAUUGUGGGACACUGCACCAAAAACGUUUUUGGACUGAUGCUGUUGACAGAAUAUUGCAGCGAGGGUAAUUUGUUAAACUUUCUGCGAAACAUUUUCGACGAUCAACUGUGGGAACAGGAUCGCGUGCGAAAAGGUGAAUCAUUACAGAGCGACAGCUCGGACCCAAACAUGCACUUCACCAAUGAAUUGAGAAAAGAUUCUGCCUACACGUCCAAAUCAUCUUCCCGAAUAAGCAUCGCCGAAAAUCAUGGCUACGACUUCGACCUAUCAGCAUCCAGAAUGUGCAUCGUGGAGAACCACGGCUACGGCUUCGACAUUGGCAACAAUCAAGUGGAGAAAGCAAUCACCGAAAUCGAUUUAUUGUCGUUCGCAUAUCAAGUAGCUAACGGAAUGGAUUUCUUAUCAAAAAAAAAGGUUGUGCAUCGUGACCUGGCCUGCAGAAAUGUACUUGUUCUUGCAGAUCGAACCGCCAAAAUAUCGGAUUUCGGUUUGAGCCGAGACAUUUACCAGGAAAAUCUGUACAAAAAAUCUGGUGCCGGGUUGUUGCCCAUCAAAUGGUUGGCCCUGGAAUCAAUGACUCAUCAAGUAUAUUCGACGCAGAGCGAUGUAUGGUCGUUCGGUGUUUUGUUGUAUGAAAUAGUUACAAAAGGUGCAGUUCCAUAUCCGACUGUGGAUACCAAAGACAUUUUAAGUUUUUUAAAAGAUGGGAGACGAAUGGAGCGACCGAAUGGUUGUCGAGCUGACAUAUAUAAUUUAAUGUUGAAUUGCUGGAACACUGUACCGACUGAAAGGCCCACAUUUAAGAUUAUUAAGGACGAGUUGGCAAAAAUUAUGAGGGAAAUGAAUGCCAGUUCAUUGAUGUAAACGUUGAAAUAAAUAAAGAAACUUUGUCAGUUGAUGUCCGAA